AUGCGUUUCGUUCUUCUUCAAACUGCGGUGACGGCUCUGCUCGCAAACCACGUCCUCGGUCAUCCCCACGCAUCUUCAUCUUCCCCUCAGGCUCGAAAGAUCCAGAAAAGGACCGUUGAUCUUUCUGCCUAUAGAUUGGGAGUAGGAGCAAGCUACACCAGCAAUUCUGUGAUCACGGACGGGGAGCAAGAUACUGAUUUCCAAGCGUUCACAGAGCCAGGCUAUGUCGAGACGGCCACCGCCCUCGUCAAGUCUGUGUUUCCGCUCGCCGAGUUUCGCCAACUAUCAAGCUAUCAAUCCGGCAAUGGGGUCGGGCACGUGGUGUUCAAGCAGAUGAUACACGGUAUCGACAUCGACACUGCUGAUCUCAAUGUCAACACUGGCACAGACGGCUCGGUCUUGUCUUACGGCAGCUCCUUCUACACCGGACCAACGCCUCCGGAAAGCCCGCUGGUCAGACGAGAUCAGGUUGACCCCGUCGCGGCGCUGCGAGGCGCCUCCGAGACGCUGCGACUGUCGGUCUCCUCAGAGGGGGCAGUAGCAGAAGCGGAACCAGCAGAAGUGGAACAGUACACCAUUACGGGGUCUGCGGGUGCGCUGUCCGACCCGAGAGCGAAGCUCGUCUACGUCCACACGGGCGACUCUCUGACGCUCUCGUGGAGCGUAGAGACGGAUAUUGGCGACAACUGGUUGUUGUCCUAUGUCGAUGCGGUCACGCCGGAGAACGUGAUCGCCGUCGUGGACUACGUGGCCGAAGCCUCGUAUACCGUCUACCCAUGGAAGACCAACGACCCGAGUCGUGGUGGCCGAGUGGUCGAGACCGAUCCUUGGGAUCUCAAGGCUUCCGAAUUCACGUGGCAUGGGAACGGCGAGAAGAUCUUCAAGACGACCCGCGGCAACAAUGGCAACGCGCAAGCGAACUUUGAAGGCGACGAUGCGUUCGUGAAUGAUUUUCGCCCGUACGAGGACGACUUGAACUUCAACUACGAGCUGGAUCUCAAUGCCACGGAUCCCAAGACCUAUGCCAAUGCAUCAGUUGCGCAACUCUUCUACACCGCGAACAUGUACCAUGACCUGUUGUACGUGCUAGGUUUCAAUGAGGUAGCCGGCAAUUUCGAGAUGAAUGUUGAUAGCCAGGGAGGUCGUGGUGGAGAUGCAGUCACCCUGAAUGCUCAAGACGGGAGCGGCAUGAACAAUGCAAACUUCGCGACUCCCAUUGAUGGGCUCGUCCCCAGAAUGAGGAUGUACAUCUGGAACUACACCCUGCCCCUCCGCGACUGCAGCUUCGACGCAAGUGUGGUGAUCCACGAGUACACCCACGGUCUCUCCAACCGACUGACGGGAGGCCCUUUGAACUCGGGCUGCUUGUCCACCACCGAAGCGGGCGGCAUGGGAGAAGGAUGGGGUGAUUUCAUGGCGAUCGCCAUCAACCUCAAGACCUCGGACACGAGAGCUACCAGCUACCCGAUGGGAGACUGGGUACGAGCAAGGCCCUCAGGCAUUCGGACCUAUCUCUACUCGACGAGCCUGACCACCAAUCCCAUGGUCUACUCGACUGCCAACAACUCCACGCUCGUGCACUUCAUCGGAACCAUCUGGGCCAAUAUGCUCUACGAGGUGACGUGGAACCUCAUCGAUGAGUACGGUAUCACGGAUGCGAGACAGCCGACUGUUGUCGAUGGCGUGCCUACCGACGGGCGGUUCUUGGCAAUGCAGCUGGUGGUCGACGGCAUGAAGCUACAACCCUGCAGACCGAACUUCAUCCAGGCUCGCGACGCGAUUCUCGACGCCGACAAGGCCCGCACCGGUGGCAAGAACCAAUGCAGCAUCUGGAGAGCGUUCGCGAAGCGCGGGCUGGGUGCCGAUGCCAGACGGUCUGCCAACCCCUUCGAUCACCUGUCCCGAGUCGACAGCUACAAUCUGCCGGAUGGUGUCUGUGGGUGCAGCGCUGACAACUGCCUCCGCGCGCUUCGCUCCACCACGCCGGACGGACGGCUACGGGAGUCUCAGGAGUUCUGUGGUAAUUUUACCAAGACGGUUGUGACGGAUAUCAGUGCUCUGAAGCCGUAUUUGGCGAGUCCUUGCCAUGGCAGCGCUGUGGCCAGAGUCAGCUCGGCUUGUGGAUGUAUCCCUACCUUGGGCUAG